AGCGCCUCUCAUACAAUACACUGGACAUACAAAGCAGGAGAGCUGGAUGAAGUGCACUGGGGAAAGCACUUUGCAGCCUGCGCUGGCAAGCACCAGUCCCCCAUUGACAUUCAGAAGAGGAAAGUGAGGUACAACCCGCAGCUGAUGGAGCUCGAGCUGAGUGGUUACGAUGGACCCUUGCAGGGGAACUUCACCAUGACCAACAACGGGCACUCAGUCCAGAUUGAUUUACCACCCACCAUGCGCAUCACCAAAGGGCUCCCAAGCCUCUUCACCGCUGUCCAGAUGCACCUGCAUUGGGGCGGGCUGGACCUGGAGACCAGCGGCUCUGAACACACAGUGGAUGGAAUGAGAUACUUUGCGGAGCUGCACAUUGUCCAUUACAACUCCGGCAACUACUCCAGUUUUGAAGAGGCAAAAGACAAGCUGAACGGGCUGGCAGUGCUUGCUUUCCUCUAUGUGGAUGGGAAUUUUGAGAACACCUACUACAGUGAAUUCAUUUCCAACCUGGCCAAAAUCAGGUUUGCCGGGCAAUCAACCAAGCUCAGUUCGCUGGAUGUCCAAGCCAUGCUACCCGAAAACCUCUCACACUUCUACAGGUAUCAGGGUUCACUGACCACACCGCCUUGCUCAGAGAGCGUGAUCUGGACAGUUUUUGAUUCUCCCAUCAUCCUAUCACACACGCAGAUCAAGCUGCUGGAGAACACCUUGCUGGACUGGCAGAACAACACCCUGCGGAACGACUAUCGACACGCUCAGCCGCUCAACGACAGAGUGGUGGAAUCAUCUUUCAAGGCCAAAGGCACCAAAGAAGAACUCAGCUCAAAACUGGAGCAAAUACAGACUCAGCUCCAGGAGAUGAAGAAGCAUCUGCUGGCUAGAGUGGGCCUGACCGGCCUUAAAGCUAGUGCUUUCCCAGCUUUCUACUUCCCUGCUGAAAACAUCGCAAGCUACGUGGCCGUCCGGCCCCUCCGUGACAUGAAGCUCCAGGCCUUCACCUUGUGCUUUUGGAUCCAAGCCCAGAACCGAGGCAGUCAGACCAUUCUCGCCUACUGCACCCAGGAAAGAGACAAUGAGCUGGUGGUGACUGUGGGCUCGGCCGUGGGGCUGUGGGUAGGGGGCCACUUUGUUGAGUUCCCCCUGCACCACAAGUCUGAGGAGUGGCUCCACUACUGCGUGGCAUGGGCUUCCCACUCCGGGGCAGCAAAUCUAUGGCUCAACGGAGCGGCGGGGAGAGAGAAGCACCUCCAGAGAGGGUACGUGAGCCAGGCCGGAGGGACGCUCGUCCUUGGGAAGGACAGAGAUGAGCUCCUGGGGAUCUUCUCCAACGGAUUCUCCGGGUGGAUGAGCCACGUCAGCCUGUGGAGCUGGGUCAUCAGCCACGCCGACAUCCGGGCGCUCGCCUUGUGCAGACGCAGUGAGCUGAAGGGGGAUGUGAUUGCCUGGGGGGAGACCCCCAUGAGUCUCUCAGGGGGAGUGGUGCUGGAGUCAGACCCCAGUUGCCAAUGA